AUGAGAAUGUUUAAUUUGAUGGAGAGAAAGGGAUGUGUUCCGAAUAUAGUGACUUAUACUACUCUCAUACAUGGAUUCUGCAAGUCCAAGAGGGUAGAGGAAGGUGUGAGACUCUUUAACGAGAUGUCUAUGAAAGGAGUAGCUGCUAACACAGUCACUUACACGGUUUUCAUCCAAGGUUACUGUCUAGUAGGCAAACCUAAUAUUGCACAAGAAGUGUUUAAUCACAUGGGUUCUCACAAUGCGCCUCCUGAUAUCAGGACCUAUAAUGUUUUGCUAGAUGCUUUGUGUUGUAACGGGAAAGUAGAGAAGGCGUUGAUGAUAUUUGAGUAUAUGCGGAAGAGAGAAAUGGAUGUUAGUAUCGUUACGUAUACUAUUGUUAUUCAAGGGAUGUGCAAGGUUGGUAAGGUGGAAGAUGCUUUUGAUUUGUUUUGUUGUCUUUUCUCCAAAGGAAUGAAGCCUAAUGUUGUAACGUACACUACAAUGAUAACGGGAUUUUGUAGGCGAGGCCUGAUUCGUGAAGCUGAUGCGUUGUUUAGGAAAAUGAAAGAAGAUGGGUUCUUACCAAAUGAGCGUGUGUCUUGA